AUGAAGCUCUGGGGCCUGCCUAGGUUAAUAUCAGAUCAUUGCCUUCUAUUGAUGAUGGAAGAUGAAAGAGAUUGGGGCCCUAAGCCCUUCAGGUUUAUUAAUGCUUGGACCUUGCAUCCCAAUUUCGCUCAUUUUUUCAGUUUCUGCUGGGAGAAUUCUACUGUUUCUAGUUGGGCAGGCUUCAUAAUCCAGCAAAAAUUCAGGCAUCUUAAGAUGGAGUUAAAGGUUUGGAACACUGAAGUGUUUGGGGGACAAAAUACUAGGUUCUUUCAUGUUGUUGCAAGUACCAGACAUAAUAGGAACAUGAUAAAUUCCAUCUCAGUAAAUGGUAUGUCUUUAGAGGAACUGAGCAGAGUUAAACUUGAGGUGUUCCUUCACUUCAAGAAACACUCCAAGGAAUGUUGGGUCAAGAGGCCUGUAUUGGGAGGGGAAUUCAGAUUAAUUGAAGACACGAUUUCCCAUCAUCUUGUAUCUGAUUUCACUGAAGCAGAGGUAUGGGCUGCCAUUAAAGAGAGCAAUAGCAACAAGGCUCCCGGACCAGAUGGGUUUAACCUCCCAUGCUAUAAGAAGUUUUGGAGAAUAAUGAAACAACUGCUCAUGCAAUUCUUCCAAGAUUUUCACAACCACAGCAGACUUACUUAUGGCAUCAACAGCUCGUUGAUUACACUUAUCCCCUAA